AUGCGCGCGCACGGGUUGUUCGCGAGCUUUUAUCGUGGUAUGCCAGACUUCUACAAGAAAAAAGGUGACAUUGUCGAUGCCGUCGGUGGAAACAGUGCGAAGUCGUAUUCUGCUACUAACAAGGCGAAGGCAAAGCGGAGUCAAAAGAAGGAGUUUGCUGGUACGUCCAUUUUGUACAGGCAAGCGUCGGAGAGCGGUAAAGUCGAAGCGGUGUAUGACGAUAAUCGAGUGCGCUUGGAAGUAUGGACAGAAGAAGACAUCGUAAGCAGGAUGAGAUCACAACGUAGUGCGAUUGGGAAGCAGCUCGGGAAUAAAGAUUCGAGGACCAGUACUAUAGCGAGUACUUCUAGUACAGGAACUUCUGCUGUUCUUUCACCACCACCAGCUCGAGAUUUAUUG